AUGCCAAAAAAGAGCAAAGUGAACAAACUGGCCCGCAUGUCGGAUGAGGAACGGGCCCGUUACCUGCAGCACAGAGCUGAUGUAGAAGAAGAGGCCAGGAGAAGAAAACGGGAGCUGAUCGCUAGAUUCAUAAAGAACAAACUAGACAAAGAAGAAAAGUACAGCAAAACAAACACAGCAAAGAUAAAUGAAGCAUGGCGAUUUAUAUUGCGGAAGAUCAAGAGUAAGCAAAUGUCAGUGGAAAUACAGGGUAUGAUGGAGAGCUUCAAUUUCUUAAUGGAAAGAAAGAGCCGCCUGAUUGAAUCUUUGACUGCUGCCAUCGCGGACUCGGAUGAACAGAGCCGACGGGCAUUCCAGGCUCAUACAGAAACAUUGAGUUACUUCCUUAGAAUUGGGACACAAAGUCUAGAUAAGUUACAAAACGAGUAUGAAAAUCAAAAAAAUUAUUUUCUGGAAAACUGGGAAAAAGAUGAAAGAAAUAUUUCCAACAAUCAAGACCAGGCUGAGUUUAAACUUGUUUUGAUAAAGUUUAUUCAGCAGAGAGACUUUGAGAAUUACAACAAAGAAAAGGAGAACGAGAGUGCUACUGUAAAGAACGACGCCAGACUUGAGCAUGAAGAGGAUAUGCGUCACCUUUACCGUCCAAAGCAACAGCAAAUAGAUUUCUACUGGACUCAACUACGUGAGGUCUAUAACGGAUAUCUGGAGCAACAUAAGCCAAUAAUGGCGCAUUACAACUGCCUGCGUGAUAAAGACGACUUCUACCAGCGAGACAUUGCUAAAAAUGAAGUACUCAUUGAACAAGCUACGAUAGAUCUGAUUAGUCUUCAAAAAGAAUACUUUAAAACAACAAACUUAAUGAAUAACAAGUUGGAGCGAUUGAAUAAUCAUAAGGAAAAACUAACGAAACAGUAUUGUCAUAUGAAGAGAGAUAGCAAAGUGAACCGUGCAUUAGAAGAUGAAAUGUUAUCAAUCCUUGUGGAGGCAAGCCAAGGGACUAUACAGAAUCUUUCUAAAUUGAAGGACAAACUAAACAAAAUCAUUCAAAUGGAUCGAAUAUGCAGUAAAUACGAAAAAGAUGAAGAUAAAAAUAUUGCGAGUGAACAAACAAAUAAUAAUGAUUUCGCAAUUGAUUUUGAAAAUCUUAAUUCUGCUAUGAUUGAUGAAUGCAAGGAAUACAACAAGCUGAAUAAAUUUCUUCUAAAAGUAAAUAGGGUAAAGGUACAAGUAAUGUGCCUCAAAUCAGAAAAAACAAAACUAUCCAAAGAAAACAAUCAAUUGAAACAAUACAUAAAGAGAUACCUCACUGAUCUUGCUUUAAAAGAUACCAAGGCAAGACCUGUAACAUCAAACUACCACAAUGAAAUGGAAAAAAUUAACAUUAAAAUAAGCCGACCAGUAACCUGUAUUGAAGGUGCUUUGUCAAAUGUUGUGCUGCAUGAGAGAAGAGUUAAACUGGAACAACAGAGGAUGAAGCAAGUGGGUGGCAUCAAAUCAUAUCCUCGAGUAAACUGUUGGUAGAAAACAAGAACUUUUCUAUCUCAAUACAUAAUAUGAACAAUAAGACAUUUUAAAUUGUAUUUAAGAAAUUUAACUGUUUUAGGUAAAUAAUAAUAAUUUGU